CCCCUCUGCCUCCGAACCGGCAAAAGGCAGAGAGACAGCAUGCAGCAAACUUUCCCAUCCCUCUCGCUCCAGCCUCUGCCGGUCGCUCUGCUGCGCUGCCUCUAUAACAGGCUCCGGGUCAGCCUCUUACACCAGAUCUGCUAGAGGAGCUGCUUCAGAUCAGCCAGCAGCACACCUGGAGCAGAGCUCAUCACACAACACUGACUCUGGAUCCCCUCUUUGACUUUUUAGACUUUUGCUCGACUUUGUUGGAAAAGGAAAACUGUUGAGGCCAGAAGUGAGUGCUGUUUGGAGAUAAGGGGCAAAUAAGAAAAAAAGAAAUAGGAGGACUUUGGGAUCUCAUUUCUGAGGGGAUUUUUUUUUCUCCCUUACUUACAUCUCACAAACUCAUUGUGUUUGAGUUGUUUUCAAGCAGCGAGGAAUCACCUGGAUUGACCUAGACGGCUUUUUGUUUGUUUGUUUGUGUUUUCCCAGCCUGGAAAGUUUUUGGGAGAGUUUCUCUCUGUUUUAGAGAAAGUCUGAGGACAUCACUGACCAGAGUUCUUUUUCUAACUGGACAGACACAGCUUUGGGAAAAGAACUUGUUCCAAGAUGUUCUGCUCAAGGAGAGUUCUACAACAGUGGUGCUUCGCUGUGUUCUUAUUGUGUUCGCCUGUGCCACACUACGGAAGACCAAUUGAUGCCUUGAGCAACAGAAUGAAACGCUCGGUGACCCACGCCCAGCUGAUGCACGACAAGAGCCGGACGCUGCAGGACUUCAAGCGCCGCAUGUGGCUCCAGACGCUGCUGGACGAGGUCCACACGGCCGAGAUCCGCGAGCUGCCCGUCCGAACGGGGGUCAGCAGCGGGGCCGGUGUGGGUCUCCCGGGGGGGGUGAGCGUGAGCCUGGGCACGACCGGGGGGACCCUCCACACCAAGCCCCCCGGGGCCACCAAGAACAUCCCCAUCAGCUUCCGACUGGAGGAGGAGGAGGGGACCAACCUGCCCCAGGAGACCAACAAGUCCCAGACGUACAAGGACGGCGUGCUGAAGGCCGCCGGCAAGAAGAAGAAAAAAGGGAGGUCCGGAAAGAGGCGGGAGGGCGAGAAGAGGAAAAGGCGGGCACGCUCGCUGGGUUGGGCGGUGGAAGACGAGCCCGGAAGCGGCUACCACCUGGAGUGGCGGCCUUUCUUCGGCCUACAGGGGGCGCUGCACUAAAACACUGUCAGUCUCUGACAAAGAAACCUAAGGACAUUUCAAAUGGACACCUAAAUGCUCAUGUUGCAGUAUUCUGUAAUAGUGAUUGUUUGGAAAGUAAUAGGGAAAUAUUUAUUGUCUGUAAAUAUUCUAAACUCACCAGAAUAGUGAUAAUGAUGACAAUAAAAAAUGAUGAUGAAACGUUAUUCAAUGCUCUGUGGGACAACAGAUUUUGAUCAUUGUGAACCCUUCCUCUUUUUUGUUAGGACUAUGCCAAUUAUACAUGUCAGAUUUGCGGUAAUUUAUUUUGUUUGAAUGGUGUAUUUAUUUUGUAAAUGUACCGAGGUGCUGCUGACCUUCUAUAUUUUUGUACCAUAAUGCACUUUAGAUAUAUAAAUAUAAAUAUAUAUACAAGUAA